GCCUUUCCGGUUCCGGCCGCCGCGGGAGCGCCCCCGUCCCCCCGGAGGGACCGGCGGGCCCAGGCGCGGGCAGCGGCGGCGGGGCCGGGAGCGCGGCGGGGCCGGGGCAGCGCCGGCAGCGGCCUCCGAGCUCCCCUUCUCCCAGCGCGGCCCGGCCGGGCUCGCCGCCCCGCUCGGGCCUGGCGGGGUCACCUUCAUGGGCGGGCGGUAGCGCGGGGCCCGGCGGUGCCCGGGGCCUGGUGAGGAGUCGGCGGGGCAGAGCGGGGGCCGGAGGCGGCGGCGGGGCCCGGGGCGAUGUUCGUGCAGGAGGAGAAGAUCUUCACGGGCAAGGUGCUGAGGCUCCAUGUGUGCACCAUGGAGGGCGCGGAGUGGCUGGAGGAGGUCCCCGAGGACACCACGGUGGAGAAGCUGAAGGAGCGGUGCCUCAAGCACUGUGUACCUGGGAGCUUGGAGGAUCCAAAAACCGUGACGCAUCAUAAGUUGAUCCAUGCUACUUCUGAGAAGGUGCUGACAGACACAAAAACAGUGUUGGAGGAAAAUGUUCAAGACGGAGAUGUCUUGCUUUUGAUAAAGAAGCGUGCACCACCGCCACUCCCCAAAAUGGCAGAUGUGUCAGCAGAGGAGAAAAGGAAACAAGAGCAAAAAGCUCCUGAUAAAGAUGCUAUUCUCAAAGCGACUGCAAAUCUGCCCUCUCGCAAUGUAGAUCGCACUGUGGCCCAUCACAACAUGAGGGAUUUCCAGACAGAGCUCCGGAAGAUCUUGGUGUCUCUCAUAGAAGUUGCACAGAAACUGCUAGCACUGAACCCAGAUGCAGUUGAACUAUUUAAGAAGGCAAAUGCCAUGCUGGAUGAGGAUGAGGAAGACAGAGUGGAUGAGAUAGCUCUGCGACAGCUUACAGAAAUGGGGUUUCCAGAAAGCAGAGCUGUCAAAGCCCUUCGAUUAAAUCAUAUGUCAGUGACGCAGGCCAUGGAGUGGUUGAUAGAACACGCAGAUGACCCUACGGUGGAUGCUCCGCUUCCAGGUCAGACUCCAUCAGAAGCCACGGAUGAAGCUGGUGCAUCUUCUGCUGAAGCAACUGCAGGUCCUAGUUCAGAAGGAGGUGAGGAAGAGGCCAAGGAUGAGCUGACAGAGAUAUUCAAGAAGAUCCGGAGGAAAAGAGAGUUCCGUCCAGACCCACGAGCUGUCAUUGCCCUGAUGGAGAUGGGAUUUGAUGAAAAAGAAGUGGUAGAUGCACUCAGAGUAAACAACAACCAGCAAAAUGCAGCCUGUGAAUGGCUGCUGGGAGACAGAAAACCUUCUCCAGAGGACUUAGAUAAGGGCAUUGACACCAACAGCCCUCUCUUCCAAGCCAUCUUAGAAAACCCAGUGGUACAGUUGGGGCUAACCAACCCUAAAACUCUACUAGCCUUCGAGGAUAUGCUUGAAAACCCCUUGAACAGCACUCAGUGGAUGAAUGAUCCGGAAACUGGGCCUGUCAUGCUACAGAUCUCUCGAAUCUUCCAGACGCUGAAUCGCACGUAGAGGGGGGAUGCCAGUCCACUGUGCCACUUCCUACUGCUCCUCACUUCACCUUCACCCCCGCGGGAGGGUGUAUGGAUUGCUUCGGAGGAGGUGGAUGGAAGGGGAAAGGGGGAGAUCCUGUCUGAAUAGGAGGUCUCACACGAGAGCUUAUGUAGCUAUGGCCAACUGAAGUUAAUUGCCUUGUGGAUUUAGCGUUAGUGGAAGAGGUUUGAAGACUUGUUGUUUUCAGGUAUUAGGUUUAAAAUGAAAUAUAUCAAAAAAUAGGAAAAGGUUUUGUGAAAAUAACCAAGAAUCUGACUGUUGAAAAGAAAUCCAAUAAUUCUUGUUAAAAAGGCCUGUGACAGUAGUUUUCUAGCCAGUUUUGCUAGCAUCUGGCUAGUGUUUACAAAAGGUCACUGACCACUAGCAUAGGAUAUUAAAUCAUCUCCAUACAGUAUUAAUUUAUGGCUCUAUCAAAUUAUAAAAUGCUUUUUUAAAUUGAUUCUUAGGAAAUGUUUUUUAAAAGUUCAACUAUUGGGAGAGGAAGCACAUUUCUAUCAAAACCUGUUUAUCGUGCAUUUUAAUUUAAACAGAAUAACUCCGAGAUGGAAUUCUUUUAAUAAAUAGCAUUACUUUUUCCUAUUUAUUUUCUGCGUUAGUGUUGUUGCAGUACUUGUAGGGGAUUCUCUGUCAGCUCUGUUAAAGAUGUAGUAUCUCUUUCACAACAGAACUUGCUACACCAAGGCUUGGAUUCUCAAGUAGGCUGCAGUUCAUAGGUUCAUACUCUGCCAUAUCCUAGUGCAAGGAGGGAUAUAUUCACGUAGUGGGGUGUUUUCCAUUUCUAUGUGCACAGUUUGGGAAAGGGAGACUUGUGUUUUUUGACUUUGUUUCAAACUGUUUACAAAGAUUUGCAUGGCUUUUUCAUUGAUGAGCUGUGAAGAAGCAGAACAGUUUAGGUUUUUACCUUGUUUAACGUGUUUAAAAGCAAGCUUGAAAUGACCAUCUCUGAGAUAGAAGUGGCUUUCCUUGGCUCUUGUUUUUACCUUGGAAAUUUACCAAGAAUGUCAGGCUGGGGCUUUCCUGUUUUGACAGGAGACUGACUUGGGAUCUCGGACAGGAGCUGUGAGCUGUCAAGGACAGAACUCGCUGAGACUAUCCAGCCAGUUUUCAGUUGAGCUCUGCAGGUGUGAGUCUGAACAAAAAUAGGUUUUAUUUUCAGAUUAAUGGAACAUGCUUCACAUCUGUCCUCAUCCCUGCCUUAUCUUGCACUUCACAGCCCUUUUUUAGGAAAGGCAGGCUAGGCAAGACUUGCCUCUCCGAAAUGCAGAGAAACCAGCUGGAGACCCCAUCCUUAGCUAGCACAAAGGUGUGCUGUCAGUAGAGGGAUCCCUUGGAGCAAUGCAAGUCACCUUUUUAAAUGUGGGGCUUUUCUUAAACAAAAAUGCAACAAGAUGCAACCCGAAACCCUACAACAAGUUUUGGCCUGAACUUGGCAUCCAAUCUCUGCUGUUAUGCAGUCGAGGCACCAGAGUUGCCAAUUUCACAUCAUUAAUAUGAAGGGUGGGGAAAUCAAAACAGCAUGAGAUUUUAUCUUGACUUACUAUCCCAGGACUUUAUUUGUAAUUUCAUAUUAAGCUUUACAGUUCAUGACUGCUGAAAUAUUUACUUCUACAUUUAGAAAUGCCAAGCUUUAUAGAGAUGAUGCUUCUGUUCAGACUGGACUCUUGCUAAGAACAGAUUGACAGCAUGACAUUAAGUUGUAACCUGUCCUGUAACUAUAACAACUAGGAAUCAAGUCCUGCAUCCCAGUGAGUACAGCACAGCCGCUCCUGAGUAGCUGGGACAGAGUGUUGUAGAGUUAUGAAAGGUUUUGAUUGUUUUGUCUAUUUUUGUUCUUGCUCCUUGAAGCUUUUUGCCUGUAAUACUACCAGAAGACACUAUUACUUGAAGCUCUUAAUGUUAGAGGCUUAUGUCCUUCUCUACCAAUUGGGUUUCUUGUAAAUAUUCCUUUUAAUGAGUGUUUUUAGAAGACAGCUGAGGAAAACUACCCUGUAGUUUGAUGGGGGGUUUUUUUGCUUCUGAAUGAGUAAGGACAGGUUCAGACGUAAUGAACAAAUACUUUGGUAGCAGUCUUGGUCUUUGAAGAAUGUAAAGCCUUGUUGAAAUGCUGCUUUUGAUUUCAGUAAUACAUGACCAGACUCUGGAGUGGCUGUGGAGCUUCUAGGCAGACCAGGCAAGGGUCAUCUGUCAGCUUUAGAGUUUGGCAUCUGGUUUGCUGGCAGAACCUAGGGGAUUAGCCAUGUGGCAAUUGAGCAACCCCAACUGCCAUGGGAGGAGCUGCCCCAGGACUGUCUGUGGCUACUGCCAGGGCAGUGUGGAUGAUGAACUCGAACCAGCCCCCCAGCUUUUAGGGGUUGAAGCUGGGGCAUUCCUGGUACACAGUGUCUGAGGAGCAGGUGGCUUGCUUCUAAGGGUACAGGUUCUGCUGCUUGUGUAUCUCUGUGUCAACUCCACAGCAAUGAGAUCAGAGAGAGGAUGAUACUGCCAGGACCUGCUGAUGAACUGUGCAUGUUCUUCAGUGUCAGUUUGAUUGGGGUGAUAAAGGUUACCAGAGCUGCUCCCUUGGUGUGCCAGAACAGUCAGUGCUGCUCAGCCUUUUACAAGGUGUGGAAAAAAGCGUUGGUAAAACACAUCAUGCUUACGAAAUAGGGGAAGGUAAGAGUGCCCAGGUUCAGCAACGUAACCUGGUGUUGCAGCAGCAGUUAGAGACCUUAGGGAUAAAGGAAUAUUGUGUCUUUAAAAUGCCUGAAGGCUCAGGAAUACGUGGGUAUUUCUGGAAUUCAUUAUUCCAGAGCUCCACACUUACACAGCCAAAGUGUUGGAGAGUGUGUUCCUCCUGAUCUGCCAAACAGUCAUCUUGUUUGGUAUGGCUUUAACGUAGGUAGUCCCACUUCUCUUCUGAGAACUCACAUCACCAGUGGCUGAAAGAGGCCAGAACUUAGGAGGUGUGGUAAGCAUAGAAGUCAUAGGAGUUGAUUGAAAACAAAAAUGCUCUUGAGUUUAAAUGAACACUUGAAUUGGUCAAGACAUGGUGGUGGUGUUAGGGUAUGAACUAGUAGAGACAAGGGAGCCGUGUGCCCUGUCACACCGGGGUGUAGUGCUGCUUCAUCCCAGUGAACAGAGGGUUAAGCCCACGGUGCCUGCAAAGGUGUUGGUUAUCCUCAUCAUUACAAAACCUGCAGAAAAACCCAGAAAGAUCCCUGCCAUUGAGUCAGAAUGUGCUGACAGGUCUCCAGGCACAAGGAGCAUGUGUGGUAAGAGCUGUGCCUGGUGAUGAACUGCCCUGUCGGAGGCUGAGGAGUGGAAGGCUGGUGGAUCUGGUCUGUAAGCCAGCGAGAGGUCCCUGAGCAUGUGGGGAUAGAAGUUUCUGCUUUAAAAACAUAAAAUGCUGCAGUUUUGUGAGGAAGAACUACUCCCAGGAGUAAGGAUUUACAGGCUCAGGUCCCGUGCUUGUGUCUCUGGUGUUCAAGUUCUAACUAGCAAAGACGUGUUGUGUUUACAUGUCUCGUAACAUGGUCAAGGGAAUAUUUGGAAGCCUGUGAAAUAAAGCAGUAAGGAAGCAGGGUGGUAGGUGGCUAAUCCAGUGUCUGUGUCUUACAGUUCUAGUUCUUCACCCCAUCAGUCGAUACAGACAAUCUUCUACUUUUGAUGUCGUGUGACUCUUGAAAGCUAACUAUUUAUUUAAAUAUAUGUAACUUAUAAUUCUGUCAUCAAAGCACUGAUAUUUUUAAUAGAUAUGUGCUAAAUGGAAGUUUGUUCUCAGGGCUUCGUAUUUAUACUCUUUAUAGGGGUGCAUUUAACGGGAUGUAUUUGGGGAAAAAUGCCAGUGGCUACUUUACAACUUGGAUCUUGAUUGUCUUUCCCUGUGAGCCUGAGCUAGCAUAACCCUCCGAACAAACCUCCAGUGUCUGGUCCAGGCCAAAGCAUCCUCCACUCUUUCUUUCCCUGUGAGCAGUGAUUUGAGUCAUCUUUGAUGGCUGCAUUCCUUUGGCAAUGGUCACACAAGAUCUCCCUGUACUUCACAGGUCACUGUCUUUCCUCCAUUUCAAGGACAUUUCUGUUCUCCAUGUGGCUGGGAAAUUAACUUGUGUGGUUUCUAUAGUGGUUUCCAGUGCACUUCUCUGGGAAGGUGUGAGGGUCCCUCCUGCCAGAAGCCUGAAACCUCCAGCUGAUCGCUGCUUCUUGGCUGCUCACAGCCUCUGUCACAGCUGAGUCCCAGAACCUUGACCCCUAUUUCUUUUCUCACCCUCCUGGAACAAAACUUGUCGUGUGGAAAUUGAUCUUCACGCCCAAGAAACACUUCAGUGGUUAUUGAAACCCUUUUUAGUUAGGCCUGGUAAGGUUAUUUUAUUUGUGAUUCGUGGGCUGAGGAUCUUUUAAUGUAAUUUGAAAGCUGUUUAACCAAACGAAUGUAUAAUAGAGCUGUUGGCAACUGUUGCCUGUGGAAUGAGAGAGGUGAGCAGUGACCUCGACUUCAGUGGCAGUUUUCUCAAAGCCGCUUGCACGGGAUAGUGAGUGCUUCAUCCAAAGUGAAUGCCCUGCCUUUCUACUUUUAAUACAUAACGUUUUUAUUAACUAGCAGGAUAGUGGCCCUUGCAGCUGGGUAUUUCCAUCUGAACAUACGUCCUUGUGCUUUGAGGCAUAAGCAAACCACUGAUUGUAUCUUCCUCUCUGGCUGAGCAUUCAUCUGAAGGGUUUGUGGUGCUGUUGUUGGGUAGGACAGUUGGUGACUGUGGCCAGGGCAGUGACCCCCAUGUCCCCACACGUGGUGCACAGUGUUGAGGUGAAUGUGUGGUCAUGGUGGUGGCUCUCACCUGCAUCCUCACAUCUGGGUAUGGCAAAAGGGGAUUUUUAAGCACCUCUCACCCUAUAUUUGAAGAUCUUCAGGUCCUGUUUGCAGCGUGUGAACUUCAGUAAAUGUAAAGGCAUUGAAUUCUUACUGAAUUUGGAUAUAGUUUUAUAUGAAUCUCUGGGGACGGGGGAAAUUGGAGCACGGUUUAAACGAAGCCCCACAAAACCAAGUGUCUUUGCAGCAGGUAACAGAGGCCUGUAGAGCUUUUUAAACUGCGUGUUUUUAUCAUAGUUUAAUGAACUGCACAAGCCAGUGAUUUGCCAUCGAGCACUUACCACAAGGCAGCACCAGGAAGAUUAUUUUGCAAGGUACUGACUUCAUAUUUGUCAUUUCACCUGUGUAUCACAUCCUUAGGUACAGCAUCCGAGACUCUUUGUAUGCACUGGCACUGACGUGUGGCAUGCACAGCUCUUUCCAAGAUGUAACAUUACUUUUAGGAAGCUUCAUUAGGGCGGAUGUCGCCGAGCCUGUGGAAUUCAGGGUUCAUUCUGGAUGGGCUCGUGUGGGUCACUGACCUCUCCUCAAGAGGGAAAACCAGCAGGGUUUGCUCCUGGUCAGCAGCCCUCAGGCAAAGAGCAAGAAAUGCUGCUCAUCUGCACUGAAACCUAUUCCUGGAAGUUACUGAGGUUGUUAUCAAAGCCCAACCUGCUCAGACUGAAACAAUUCCAUACCUUGAGCAUGUGGAGAGGUCGUACCCACAAAACGAGACUAGAAUGAAUGCUGAGUCUUUAAACCUGCUCACACAUACACACUGAAGACACUGAUGUCAUGUGUGCUGUAAAUUUAUAAUAUAUCUUAAAAAUAAAGUUUUUUGAUUUAUUA